AUGUCUCAUCCAUUUCUUGAUGCAGGAUUAGGCGGUCUUGCUGGUUAUGAAAUUGGACGUCAUACUGGCUUUGGUAGUCCACUUAUUGAUGCAGGACUAGGUGCUUUCGCCGGCUAUGAACUUGGAAAUUAUUUUGGUGGUGGUGGUUUCGGUGGUGAUCCAUAUGGCGGAGGAUUUGGUGGUGGAUAUGGAAAUUCAUAUGGAUAUGGUGGUGGAUAUUGGUAA